AUGGAUUUUCAAACUUGCUAUGCUUAUGAUCCCGCCGCUCGCAAGAAAGACGUGGUCGUGAAACGACGCCGCAUUGAGCCACUGCAAGGUCUCCAGACUUCAUGGCCUCUUCGUCGCUCCUUGUAUCAACGUCUUUGGGCCAAACAACAGGCUCGCUUGAAGAAUCUACUUCUCGAGAUCAACGAAUCCACCAUCAGUCAGAUCUCCACCUUCGUCGAGACUACCGAUCCUCAGCCAGCACCUGGUAGAGUAUCUUCGGCCAUCAUUCUUACUGGCCCCAGUAUUGCAUCACAUGCGCUACUGUUUUCUCAACUCUCACAGAGAAUUGGUCACACGGAUCAAAGUGUUUCCAUUCCUCUGACAUCUGCUCUCGCUCCAAAUCUCAAGACUCUUCUCAAGAAUCUCAUCUCCAAAGGAACUUCUUCUAGUGCCCAGUCUGACGAUGAAGAUGAAGUUGAUGCUGUCAGACCAACCAAGAAACGAAUGCGUCUGUUGAACUAUGAUCUUCAAUUGCUCUACGACUAUGUUCAGGAACAGAAUCUGUCUCGAGUGGUUGUUGCUUUCCAAGACUGUGAAGCCUUCGACGGUGCUCUGCUCUCGGACGCAAUCGAGCUCUUGACACGCUGGCAAGACAGAAUCCCAUUCGUCUUCUUCUUUGGUGUUGCUACAUCCAUCGAAAACUUCUCGGUCAAACUGUCUAAGAAGGCUACUCGCUGCAUUCAAGGUCAACGCUUCGACGUUGUCAAAGCUGAAAGUGCUCUAGAACAAGUCACCGAGGCUUUGUAUCCGUUGUCCGAGUCUGGGUCGCCGAGACUUUGGCUAGGGCCAGGAAUCUGUUCAGCCACACUACGACGUCAAAGAGAGCAUAUACAAAGUCUGGAUGCUUUUGUGGAUAGCGCUCAGUAUGCAUACCUAUCGCACUUUUACGCCAACGCUCUUAGCAUCUUUCUCGAUGACAGCAUCAAGCUCGCGGAUAUCUCCACCGAACAUCUGGAAGCUUUGCGAAAUCUGCCUUCGUUCCAACAACACAUGGAGAUGCUGCUCGAAGAUGGCGAAGCCUCGGCACCGAGACGUCUGCUAGAUAGUGACGAGUACCUCCUGGAGUAUCUCAAGCUACAGACAACUGUCGGAUCCGAAUCUCUUGAGACGAUUCUGAGCACAGUUGAGAUCAUUGUGGUACUUCAGAGACGCCACUAUGCAUUGCACCAACAGCUCAAAUCGAAUCUGCUGGUAGACGCCCUCGCCGGACAACUCAGAGACUCGAACUUCGAAAAGAAUCUCUUCAUGUGUUUGAAGAAGUCGAACUCAGAAGCUUUGCUACUAACACUCGAAGAAAUGCUACCAAUUACUUCUGGGGACCUGCACAAUACAUGUUCCAGACUCCUAAAACAACUCGACAAGCUUCAAGCUCAGCAAACAGACGGUGGAGCUCUGCGUAGCGAACAAGAUGUACACAAUGCCACCCUACGAACAACAGUCGUCGCCAAAAAGGUCGAAUUGAGCAAGCAAAAGUCUACACUCACGAAAGGCGAUGCGGCAUACUCGGAGAUCCUGAAUGAAUUCGUUGAAGCUCUAAAAACUCACUUCGAUGCUGUACUUAUCGAUCCGAGAGCUCUGGUGUUCAACGAGAUUUUCAUGUAUGACCUCAAGUCACCGCACCGAGACGUGUUUACGCCCAAGCCGCGAGGUGCUAUUGAGCGUGCGCUUGCUUCUCCUCAUGACUAUCUUGACUGCGAGUGUUGCGCACCUGAUGUGGGUACAGGUGAAGAGAAUACUCUGGCUUCGACACAGCCAUCUACUGCUAUCUUGUAUCAGCUCUAUCUUGAAGGCGGAGCAUUGAUGAACAUUGCAGAUCUGCGAACUGCUUUUGUGACCAUCCUGGGUGAUGAUCAAGACGAAGUUUUGACCAGUGCUUUGUUUCAGCGUUCUCUGGCCGAAUUGAAAUACCUGGGACUCGUUAGAGGAACGAGGAAGAAGGCAGACCACGUGAUGAAGAUAUCAUGGAAGGGAGUAUAA